AUGUUAGCCCCACCCAGUACCGAAGAGUCCGUCAGCCAGCGGCGCCCCAUCAGAGGAAGGCUGCGACCAUGCCAAAAGGAGGGAGACCACCGUGAGGGUGAAGGAGACAAGGAGUCAAAGGAGGAGAGGACGCAGGAUGCUCCAGAGGAGGCAGUGAGGAAGAGAGUCCGUGCAAAUACUCCAAGCCCGCACAGGGGGAACACUCCUCAAGCCAGCCCCCCCAGGUUUGUCUCUGUGGAGGAGCUGAUGGAGACGGCUAAAGGAGUCACCAACAUGGCUCUGGCUCAUGAGAUAAUGGUCAACCACGCUUUUCAAGUCAAACCUGCAGAGCUUCCUGAGGGGAGUUUGGAGCGCAGAGUGAAGGAGAUUGUGCACAAGGCAUUCUGGGAUUGUUUGGAGGCUCAGUUAAAGGAGGAUCCGCCGACGUACGGACACUCGAUUAAACUGCUGGCUGAGAUCAAAGAGACACUGCUGUCUUUCUUGCUGCCGGGCCACGGCCGUCUGCGCUCCCGUAUCGAGGAGGUUCUCGACCUGCCUCUAAUCCAGCAGCAGGCAGAGAACGGCGCGCUCGACAUCAGUCAGCUGUCCCAAUUUAUUGUUGGGAUGAUGGGCUCGCUGUGCGCCCCCUGCAGAGAUGACGACAUCAAUAAACUAAAGGAGAUCACCGAUGUUGUGCCACUGCUCAAGGCGAUAUUCUCUGUGCUGGACUUGAUGAAGGUGGACAUGGCGAACUUUGCACUGACCAGCAUCAGGCCUCAUCUGAUGCAACAGUCGGCUGAGUACGAGAGGAGCAAGUUCCAGGAUUUCCUGGAGAAACACCCCAAUGCCUUAGACUACACUGAGAAGUGGCUUGAGGACACAGUGAGAUGCCUGAGAGAAGCCGGGGCGGAUGGUUCUUGUGCUGCGUCUGACCCUCCCUCACUCCUCCCCGUUAAUGUCCAUAAUCACGCCUAUCUACGCCUGCUGAGGUGGGACCACGCGUCCGACCCCUUCCCAGAGACGGUGUUGAUGGAUCAGGUUCGGUUCCAGGAGAUGCAACAGGAGGUUGAGCAGUUAGUUCUGCUCUCCUCUUUGCUCCUCAUCAUCUACACUACCACAGGAGAGGCGAUCUCAGGCCUGCCGGGGCUAAUGGAGACUCUUAAAAACACUGUCAGUGUCAUGCUUGCAGACAUGCACACACCGUCUUUUAGUGCACAGGAGGCCUUAGCAACCCUCGGGGAGAAACUUUGUGUUGAGCUCAGUCAGUGUCUAAGCCAGCAUGGCUACUCUCCGUUCUCAGCUGACCGAAAGAGCGCUCUAAAGGGACAAAUCUCAGCUAUCGUCCAGCCAGACAACACAAUUCGCAAACUGAUGGAGUCUCGGGUUCAGAACUACCUCCUGGCUUCCCUGGAGUCCAGCCAACAUAAGACUCCUCCUCCCCUGCCGGGAGGUCUGGCUCCAGUCAGCAGGGAGCUGAAGGAGCUCGCUGUUCGCUUCAGUCGCCUCAUCAACUUCAACAAGCUGGUCUUCUCCCCAUUCUACCAAAAAAUUCUCCAUAACAUACUGACACCGGUAGAGAGUCCCGGCACAGAGACGUAAACAUGAGUGAUAUGGAGAGUGCUCUGUAGUUUUGCAAUUUUCCCCUCACUAGUAACAGUUAAGAUUUAGAGAAACGAGUUGAGGAAGAUCUGUAUUCAGCGGCUAAAGCCAGCUCCCCCCGCCGAGUGUGCACCACAAACCACUGUAAUCAAAAAAUGCCGGCUGCCAUCUCAGUUGCAUUAACUCGCAGUGUUGCUUAUUUGAUAAUCUCAGGCCUCACAACCAUCCAGCCAUCUGUCAUUAAGUUGCCUUCAAGUAUUACUAGCAGGGCUUGGUAUCAUUCGGAUAGUUUGACAUCCAAGCCAAUGCAGUACUCGUGUUUUAGAACCAGUAUUAAAACAAUAUUUAGCAUUUAAAAUAUGAUAAGGUGUGGGGUGCCCAGUAGCUCACCUGGUAGAGCUGGCACCCCAUGUACAGAGGCUUCGAGUCUGAGUGCGGCCCUUUGCUGCAUGUCACCCCCUCUCUCACCCCCUUUCAUGCUUGCUGUCCUAAAUAAAGGCCAAAAAUAAUCUUAAAAAAAAUGAUAAGGUGCAGUAUAAAAUUUGAAAAAUCUAUGAUCUUAAUCCUGACCUGCGAUAGUCUGGCGACCUGUCCAGGGUGUACCCUGCCUCUUCCCCAAUCCAGCCCCCCCCCAUGACCCUUAUGAGGACAAGCGGUUACGGACAAUGAAUGAAAGAUUGAUCUUAAUUCUGAAAGAGGUUAUCUUACUUAAAAUUAGAUAGGUCAGGUUUUUUGAUGUGGGGUUGUAGGAGGUACUGCUGUGGAUGGAGGUCAGCAACAAAACGCAUUUUAGCCACCUAAAAAAAGCCCCCCCUAAAAG